AUGGCCUCCUCGCGGCCAAUCAUCCUCCGCUUCGAGAGCCGCAACGGCCAGUUUCGCUUGACUGUCAACCCUACAGAGUUGUUUCCUAACCUGCUACCAAAGAUUCUGGAGCAUUUACCGAAAGAUGUCGACCCCGCUUCGAUCGUGCUCUCGAACAAACCUAUUGGCACAGGCGGCCAGGAGAGGUAUCUGAACACCCUUGGAGGGGUCUCUAUUCAAAGAGUUGGCCUGUCACACGGGGACAAGCUCUUCGUCGGGUACGAGGAGAAACCCACUCAUGCCAACGGAGCCGGCAAUGGUCAGCCUGCUGCUCAAAGAGCCCCUGGAGAGACACGCCGCCUGAAUGGAGCCGCCGUGCCCCAGAGAGACACGGUCGCCCUGCCUCCUCAGCCUACUUCACCAUCCGCCACGAUUAAAAACCCGUGGGAAGUUGUGGAACAGUCUCCCCUCGACGAUCUAUUAGACAAAAAGGACGGAAAGAUACAUCGGGGUUGUGAUGCGAAAAUGUGCAGACACGGUCCCAAGGGCAUGUGCGACUACUGCAUGCCGCUCGAGCCCUACGCCCCGGAGUAUUUGGCAGAGAAGAAGAUAAAACAUAUGUCUUUCCACGCUUACCUCCGGAAAAUUAAUUCGUCAAAGAAUAAGCCGGAAGUCAAGAGCUCAUACAUGCCUCCACUCUCCGAGCCCUAUUACCGGGUCAAGCGAGAUUGCCCAUCCGGACACCCUCCAUGGCCCGAAGGGAUCUGCACAAAGUGCCAACCAAGCGCCAUCACCCUGCAGCCGCAAGAGUUUCGAAUGGUCGACCACGUUGAGUUUGCGUCGCCGGAUCUGAUCAACUCGCUCCUGGACUUCUGGCGUAAAUCGGGUGUGCAGCGGCUAGGCUUCCUCUAUGGCACGUAUGAGGAGUAUACAGAGGUCCCGCUAGGCAUAAAAGCCGUCGUCCAGGCGAUCUAUGAGCCUCCCCAGAUAGACGAGGUUGACGGGAUCACGCUGCAAGAAUGGGAAAAUGAAAAGGACGUGGACGAGGUUGCUCGGAUGUGCGGCCUUCAGAAGGUCGGGGUGAUUUUCACCGACUUGCUCGAUGCUGGAAAGGGAGAUGGCAGCGUUGUUUGCAAGCGACACAGGGAUUCGUAUUACCUCUCCUCCCUGGAGAUUGUUUUUGCUUCUCGACUGCAGGCACAGUAUCCCAAGGCGACGAAAUGGAGCGAAACCGGUCGUUUUGGCUCGAAUUUUGUUACCUGCGUGCUGAGUGGCGAUGAGGAAGGUGCUAUUAGCGUCAGCGCAUAUCAAGCCUCCAACUCAGCCGUGGAAAUGGUAAGGGCAGACAUAAUUGAACCAUCUGCGGACCCGUCUGUUAUGCUCGUUCAAUCAGAGGACGACGACGAUGCUGGCAGUCAAACUCGGUAUAUCCCCGAUGUUUUUUACCGCAAGAUCAAUGAAUAUGGCGUCAGCGUACAGGAGAACGCCAAACCCAGCUUCCCAGUGGAGUACCUCCUAGUCACAUUGACCCAUGGCUUCCCAACCGACGGAUUGCCGCUCUUCGUCGACAGCACUUUUCCCAUUGAGAACCGGGAACUCAUCGGGGAGAGCCAAGAGCUACGGGCUCUCGCAAAGAAGUUGACAUCUCACGACGACCCGAACAGAGCAAUACACGCCGUUUCGGACUUUCAUCUUCUUUGCUACCUCCAUUCCUUGGGGACUUUCAGCAAGGAGGAGGAAGAACUUCUAUGCCGUGUAGCGACCAACCAUGACCCGGUGGACGGCGCACAGCUGGUGAACACACCCGGAUGGGCGACCCUGGUGACAAUACUUCAGGAGAGCGGUGAGCGGCCCCCUAAGCGCCCUUGGCUACCCAAUGCCGAGGAUUCUCCUCUCCCAUCUUUUGCUCAGAAACGUCGGCAUCUGUCAUCAAGAUCCGAGUCUCCGAAUUCAGAGAGUGAACAUCUUGCUAAGAGGUUUAAGGGGACUAGCCUAGAGUAA